AUGGCCACAGGCCUGGACAUCUGGAAUGGCACUACCAAUGGCACCUGGGAUGGGGAUGAGCUGGACUACAAGUGCCGCUUCAACGAGAGCUUCAAGUACGUGCUGCUGCCCGUGUCCUAUGGUGUGGUGUGCGUGCUCGGGCUGUGUCUCAACGCCGCGGCGCUCUACAUCUUCCUGUGCCGCCUCAAGACCUGGAACGCCUCCACCACGUACAUGUUCCACCUGGCCGUGUCGGAUGCGCUGUACGCCGCCUCCCUGCCCCUGCUGGUCUACUACUACGCCCAGGGCGACAACUGGCCCUUCAGCACCGUGCUCUGCAAGCUGGUGCGCUUCCUCUUUUACACCAACCUCUACUGCAGUAUCCUGUUCCUCACGUGCAUCAGUGUGCACCGGUGCCUGGGCGUCCUGCGGCCGCUGCACUCGCUGCGCUGGGGCCGGGCCCGCUAUGCCCGCCGGGUGGCGUUCGCCGUGUGGGUGCUGGUGCUGUCCUGCCAGGCCCCUGUGCUGUACUUCGUCACCACCAGCACCCGUGGCAGCCGCAUCACCUGCCAUGACACCUCGGCACCCGAGCUCUUCGGCCACUUUGUGGCCUACAGCUCCGUCAUGCUGAGCCUGCUCUUCGCCGUGCCCUUCGCCGUCAUCCUGGUCUGUUACGUACUCAUGGCUCGGCGGCUGCUAAAGCCGGCCUACGGGACCACCGGCGGCCUGCCGCGGGCCAAGCGCAAGUCCGUGCGCACCAUCGCCAUUGUGCUGACUGUCUUCGUCCUCUGCUUCCUGCCUUUCCACGUCACCCGCACCCUCUACUACUCCUUUCGCUCCCUGGACCUCAGCUGCCACACCCUCGACGCCAUCAACCUGGCUUACAAGGUCACCCGGCCGCUGGCCAGCGCCAACAGUUGCCUUGACCCUGUGCUCUACUUCCUGGCUGGGCAGAGGCUCGUGCGCUUUGCCCGGGAUGCCAAGCCACCCACAGACCCCACCCCUCCCACCCAGGCUCGCCACCGGCUGGGCCUGCACAGGUCCUACGGAACUGAUGCUGUCAGGACAGAAGACUCGGCCAGCCGUGAGAACUCCAGGGGCACAGAGUCCUCACUGGCUGGUAGUGGCGCUGACACUAAGGACAUCUGGCUGUAG